AUGGUUGACUAGUUAUAUUAAAUUUACAAAUAAAAAUUGAACGUUUAUAGAAAUAUAUAUAUAUAUAUCAAUUUUACUCCACGGAGGAUAGAUCACAUAAGUAAAUUGAAUUAUAUUUCAUAAAUAGCAGAAUACGUUAUUUCAUAAUAAAUAUAUUUUUAUCCGUAAAAUAUACUACUGAAUUAAAUUGGUUGUGUGAUUAAUUUUUUAAAUUAAGCGUUUUGAAGCUAUUGAGAGGUUUUACUAUGAGCUCUGGACUUGAAAGUUAUGUGAAUCACACUGUUUCUAUUAUCACAUCAGAUGGAAGAAACUUUGUGGGAACCCUCAAGGGAUUUGAUCAAACUAUAAAUAUUAUACUAGAUGAUAGCCAUGAACGAGUAUACAGUCCAAGUCAAGGUGUAGAACAAGUUAUUUUAGGUCUUCAUCUAAUUCGUGGUGAUAACGUAGCUAUUAUAGGAGAAGUUGAUGAAAUGAUGGAUUCAACUAUAGAUUUAAGCACAAUUAAAGCUGAACCUAUUGGUUCAGUAGUAUUUUAAUAUUUUUGUGUUAGAUAUUAUUUUAAUUAUAGUUAAUUCAAUAAAAAAAAUUGUAUUUUUUUCUAGU